AUGAAUGUUGUCAAGGAUCCCUUGUCGGGCGAUCUCAUCACCAGCCAAUGGAGUGCCCUUUAUCUGAAUCCCGCCGAUGAAAUCCGCCGACCAAAUCUCCGAUCUCAACAAACACCGGCCAAAACAAAAGAGCCCGAUUCAAUGGAAACCCGCAGCCCUGCUUCCGCUCGGCAUAAGCCUGCUCCCUACGGCCAUGCCUGUGCUGGCUGCUCCAAAGCGAAAUGCAAGUGCAUAAGCCGUGGGGUUGGCCUGCCUUGUGAGAGAUGCCAUCGCUUGCUCAAGCAAUGCUUACCCUCCGCGGUAGUUCGAAAGGGUCUUUCAAAGCGAGUGGCAGGUCGUUUAUCAAGAGAGCGUGAGAGUGACAGCCCGAGCAGUCAUAGGGAGGAGCAAGAAGCCAUCCACCUUAUUUCGGAACACACAAACUCAAGGCUACCGGCACCUGGGGAGAACCCGUCCACUACACCACAUCGUGUGGCUACAGAUACUGCUCAUGCACAGUCUCUCGGCGCCAGAAUAGCUUGCGCACCCACAAUACUGCCAAAUAGCCGGCCAGAAUUGUUGAUGACUUCUUCUGCUCCUGCGCUGUCACCGCCCCUAGAGCUGUGUCCAGUUGACGCGGAAGCAGUGCUCAAAACUUUCAAAGAACUCCACCUUAGAUCUUUCCCAUUUAUUCACUUUGAAGAGGGUAUUAGGAUAACCGAUCGGAUCCGAGACAGAAAAUUCCUGACAGUUUGUUCAGGCGUAGCGGCCUCUUUGGUGUUUGACUUACGUCUCGAUCGAGUUGUUGCGCAAGAGAACCCAUACAAAGAAACGGAUAUCGGACGCGCAUACACCUAUCCCAUUCCACAACAGGUACCGUCGCCGGGAAGAACCAAUGAAGGACGCCGUGCAGUGCUUGCCUGUUUCUGUAUAUGUACCGCCAUUUCGGAAUUGCUCGAAUCACCACCGAUGAGAUGGACUUCGGACAUGGAAGCAAGUCUUCAACACCUGUCUUCUUAUCCGGAGGUUCUUCACGACAGGAUACUUGUUGCCAUUGUAAAGGUAUUUAGAAUCAUUGACGCUGUCAGUGCGGCUACGACUUCCCGGAAUAUCGACAUGUACGCGGAGCGGGAUUCAAAAUUACCACCCGCCGUCCAUACCUCUUAUCUUGUGAACAGAUUGAAGUCCCUCAAGUCUGAUCUUUCGCCGGACAUUCUCAAUGAAAAAACGAUUAGAUCUUACAUCUCCUAUGUGGAGGCUAGCAUCAAUGACCUCCCCCUACAUCGUCAAGGUAGUCUUGCAGACGGGAAUUCAUGGCUUGAUUUCCAAAAAGCCGAGCACCUUCAUGCAUGUCUCAAUGCAUGCCGACAGCAUCUAGACAAUUGGUCUCAUUUUACGAUCGACGAGCUCUAUUGUAUGAGCAUGCCGGUACAUUGGUACUUCGCCCGCUGCACUCAAAUCUUAUAUCGCCUAUCCCUGAUAAACGAUCCAUCCUGGGACAAGAGGACGGUGCGCAACGCGAUCGACCUUCUGGGCGUUAUGGAGGCAACGGCGCAACGUUUCCUCGCCACAGCAGAAACAAAGCGAUUGGAUGUAGAUAGCGUUAGCUGGUUUACAAAAGCGGCAAACGCAUUGAGACAUGCUGUUUCUAUCUGGGGAAAGGCUUUGGCUGACGACAGUUCUUUUGAUGAAUUGAAUGUGAUGUCCCAGCAGAGUGGUAGUGUUGAUAGCAUCCCGGGCGUGGGAGUGCCAGUUGAUCUCACUUCUGACGAUUGGAUGAUGGAUUUAUGGACUGAGUGGCAGGAGUAA